AUCAACUCAGGCCGCAAACAGUAUGUCUUUUUCAAUGUAAAAAUGGCGUCUCUAAAACCCUAACCCUAACAUAAACCCUUCUAAAGCAUAACCCCAACUUCUCUGCUUCUUAGACGAAGACAAAAUGAGCGAGGAUGCCAUGGACAUUGAUCAAACGAAGCAGAGCCCCACGAAAUCCCAAACCUUACAAACCCUAACCACAGGCCCUUUGUCAUCUUCACUAUCUAGCCUCUCAGGCUCAUCUCGCACCAUUCCUUCAAGCAAAGAUUUCCAUUUUUAUUAUAACUUCGAUGAGUUCAAGCUCCCUAUUAAACAAAUUGCCGCGAAAUCGCAAUCCCUGCUGGAAUCAAUCGGCUCCUCCAACCGUCUUUUCAAGGAGAGACUCAACUUUCCUGGCGAUCUUGACAUUGAUGACGCUUACGAUUGGCUUGUCAACGUGAACGAUGAGAUCUUGGAGCGUUUCGACGUGUCAGUCGAUGAAUUCCAGAGCAUCCGAAAGAAGGAAGAGGAAACUGGUCGGGCAUCGGGAAUGGAAAUAGAGAGCGGGUUUCAAUUGGUAUAUGGGAAGAAAAAGAAGGGGUCAGUGAAAUCGGGGAGUGGAUCGGCGAGUGGCUCUGUGGGUGACUCGGCGCUUGACUCGGGAGUAAAGGUGGCUGAUAUGAAGGCGAAGGGGGUGAAAGCGAAGGUGCCUUUUCAUAUAUCAACAAUAAAGAAGCCUCAAGAGGAUUAUAACAUACUGGUGAAUAAUUCGAACCAGCCAUUUGAGCAUGUUUGGCUGCAGAGGAGUGAGGAUGGCUUGCAGUUUAUUCAUCCCUUGGAAAAACUCUCUGUUUUGGAUUUUGUGGAUAAAAGUGCUGGGAACAAUGACCCUUCAUUACCACCCCCUACAGAGAGUACCCCGUUCAAGCUUGUUGAAGAAGUUAAAGAUCUGAAGGAGUUGGCAGCUAAAUUGCGUGCUGUAGAUGAAUUUGCGGUUGAUCUUGAACAUAAUCAGUAUCGUUCUUUCCAAGGAUUAACGUGCUUGAUGCAAAUUUCUACUAGAACUGAGGAUUUUAUUGUAGAUACUUUAAAGCUCCGAAUACAUGUUGGCCCAUAUCUUAGGGAAGUUUUCAAGGAUCCCACUAAGAAAAAGGUCAUGCAUGGAGCAGAUCGAGAUAUUGUGUGGCUUCAGCGGGACUUUGGCAUAUAUGUCUGCAAUAUGUUUGACACUGGACAGGCCUCAAGAGUAUUGAAAUUGGAAAGGAAUAGUUUGGAGUAUCUUUUGCAGUAUUUUUGUGGAGUUACUGCUAACAAAGAAUACCAGAAUGCAGAUUGGAGAUUACGCCCUCUUUCUGAUGAGAUGCUUAGAUAUGCCAGAGAAGAUACCCACUAUCUUUUGUAUAUUUAUGAUAUGAUGAGAGUUAAAUUGCUCUCCAUGCCUGCUGACAAUGAAAAUUCCGAUAGUCCUCUAGUGGAGGUCUACAAACGCAGUUGUGACGUAUGCAUGCAGAUGUAUGAGAAGGAGCUUUUGACAGAGACUUCUUAUCUCCACAUAUAUGGGUUGCAGAAUGCUGAUUUUAAUGCUCAGCAGCUUGCCAUUGUUGCAGGACUCUUUGAGUGGAGAGAUGUUAUUGCCAGGGCAGAAGAUGAGAGUACUGGCUUUAUAUUACCAAACAAAACUCUUCUUGAAAUUGCAAAACAGAUGCCUGUUACACCUCAAAAGUUGCGACGAGCUUUGAAAUCAAAGCAUCCUUAUCUUGAAAGAAACCUUGGCUCUGUUGUUAACAUCAUCAGGCAUGCUAUGCAAAAUUCUGCGGAGUUUGAAGCGGCUGCUCAACGUUUGAAGGAGGGACGCAUUGAAACAGAAAAUAUAGAUCAUGAUAAUUGUGAAGCUCCGUCCCCUGAUACACAUGCAAAUCUAGAGGCUGCAGGUGCGGGGACAGAGACCAUUUUGGAUGGCAAUGCAAUGAAUGGCAGCAGGAAAGCCCUCCAAGGAAUUGCUCCAAAACUCAAAAAGGAGCCGUUGGAGGCUGUACUUGCCAAAAAUCGACAAGGAGUCUCUUUUAAGCAUCAUGGUGAUAAUGGUGUUGAAUCCAAUACUUGUAUUUCUGAGAUUCGCAGAGAAAGCAUCCCCAUUUCACUGCCGAAUAGAGAUACAGGUAGUGGAGCAACUGUUCAGGUUCUUAAGAAGCCAACUGGUGCUUUUGGAGCACUGCUGGGAAAUGCGGCAGCAAAGAGAAAGGUUGACAUUGCCAAAAAGGGAAAAGAAGAGAUCAAGGUGGAAAAAAUUAGAAGUUCCGUGAACCUGCCCUUCCAUUCGUUUUUGGGCAGAAAUGAAGCACCUAAACCAGCUGUAGAAGAGCCCACUCCGGCACCAGAAAUUCCACGUGCUGAAGUAUCUUUUGCUGCUCCAGCUGCAGCUACUGGUUCCAGUUUAGAAGAUAUUAUAGUGUUAGAUGACGAUUCAGAUAAUGAGGAAUUACAAAAUCAUGAUUCAAAAACCCAAGACCCUAACGAUGAUGGCAAAUCAUUAGGGUCUGCUGUGGAAGUGGAGAAAGAAGAACCUGAAUCUCUAUCCGAUCUUUCUACAAGCUUUCAAAAGUGCUUCCAGUCCAAUAAUAAAAACAGUACAAAUGAAAAAAUCAAGAAGUCUCAAGAGCCAACUGGCCUUCUGCGGCUGAAGCCAUUUGAUUAUGCUGCAGCAAUAAGAUAUGGGGAAGACACAGGGAAGGAAUCAAAAGCUGUGGGUGGUGAAGAUCAGAAGCGCCUUUUCGAUUCUGCGGGUAAGAGAAAAAAUUCUGCCGUCAGUCAAGUUCAGAAAGAUGAUGGGGCCAGAGAAUUUUCACAAGGUAGAAGGCGUCAAGCUUUUCCAGCAACUGGCAACCGAAGUGCAACUUUUCGGUGAAUCUCAUGUGCUUACAUGCGCUGUAUGACAACAGUGAAAAGAAAUGCUAAAUUUUUUUAUUUGUAUUGUUAAAACAAUUAAAAAUCAUAAAAGAAAAGGGGAAAAAAGGUUUUUGAAAAAAUGAAAGAGUUACAGUGGAA